AUGGGGCCCCUGGGCAAUAGGGGAUCAUGGGGCCCCUGUGUCCUCGCCCACACUCAAACCACACCCAAAAAAGCCUAUGAAAGGUACCAGGGUCAUCUCAUGGGGCCCCCUACUGACGCCGGGCCCUCGGGCAGUGCCCGAGUUUCCAAAUGGUCAGUCCGCCCCUGCUCGUGACAUGACUGGUGCAUGAGCACUGUGCUCUGGAUGGAUGGCAUACUAGAGUAUUCCAUCCAUUGAGAGUGCUGUGCCACAACUGUGACUCCUGCACUCAUGUGUGGGAGUAUUGUCUUCCAGC